CGAGCGCGGCGGCGGCGGCGGUGCAGGUGCUGUCUCAUCGGGGAUGCGGAUGGAAGGACGGGAGAGGGGCGAAGAAGGGACGAAGGGGGGCGAGCGCGCCUGGGAAAAGACGACACCUCAUGCGAGAAGUCGCUAAAAAAAAAAAAAAGGAGAGAGGAAAGAUAGAUAAGGAGGCGCAAGGUCGAAUAUGAGCCAUCGUGGUCGAACGAACGGGGCACUUUGCGUGGCGAUAGCUGGCUGGCAAUAGUACUAUGAUUUGGUAUGUGGCCACUCUGAUAGCAAGUGUAUUCAGCACCAGAGGAACGGCCGCUCAAGUUUUUCCCAUCCUAGUCAGUUUUUGUCACGUUUUCCCUUUUCCAACCCAUGUGAUUGCAAGUCUUUUCCCUCUGACCUUUACUUGGGCACCUGUUUGGCCAGGGACCACCGCGUGGCCAACAGAAACCUACGCCAGCGCCCAAGUAAAGGUCGUCCUCCUCUUUUUUUGUUUCCCCUGUUCCCAAGUCACUUAAUUUUUCACCAGUUCCCACACCUUGUUCCACGCCUCCAAUUAAGUCACGUCCAUCCAAACCUGGCCCCAAGCCACCUUGUUCCGUAUCCACCCGUUUUUCCUAGUUUACCUUCCAGAGUCCCUGUGCACUCUGCCCCUCUCGUUUCCUCUGCUCCCAAACCUCAAUGGCGGCAGGCUGAGGAAGCGACUGCAGAACCCAUUUCGGCAGCUGCAGCAGGCUCCCGUUCCGGCUCCUCGUCCAGCGGCCGCCACCCGACCCCGCUCCGCCGGCGCUCGUCCAGCGGCCGCCACACGACCCUGUUGCCUGGCCCCUGCAUUGCUGUUGGGUUCUGGCCCCUGCAUUGCUGUUGGGUUCGGCACCAUGGCACCAAAUGUUCUAUUCUACUGUAAUGGACAAGUGUCCCUAUACUUCUGUCCACUUAAACUUCUACAUUGAAAUAAAUAGAUUGUUGGAUUGUAUUAAUCCCAAUAAUUUUCUCAUCCUGCUAAUGAAUGCUUCCACUUUCAUUUUGUUCGUCCGGAGUGAAAUGUCAGCAUGUCCGUUGAUGCAGCACCUUAAUGAAAGUGUGGUCUAGGGGGUGGCAAACUGGGGAAAAUCCAUUCCCAGAGUGAGCGUUCUGCUGAGGCAGGUAGACCGCCGGUCAGGCCUGGUGGCAGCCAGCUAAGAUCAAUGGAAGCGCUUGGCAGCUUCUGUUCACGUACAGUGCCCACGGAGUGAGAGAGGAGCCUCGGUUUGUGACGGCGCGUGCCGGAGAGAGCGUGAUCCUGGGGUGCGACGUGUCCCCUCCCCUGGAUGGCCAGCAGCCCCCCUACGUGGUGGAGUGGUUCAAGUUUGGAGUGCCUAUUCCCUUCUUCAUCAACUUCCGCUUCUACCCUCCCCAUGUCGACCCAGAAUACACAGGUCGAGCCGCUCUGCACGGGAAGGCCUCCCUGCAGAUCGAGCCGGUGCGCUCGGAAGACCAGGGAUGGUACGAGUGCAGGGUCCUGAUGCUGGAGCAACAGUACGACACCUUCCACAACGGCAGCUGGGUGCACCUCACGGUCAACGCUCCGCCAACAUUUACAUCGACACCGCCGCAGUAUGUGGAGGCAAAGGAAGGGGGCAGCAUCCUGCUCAGCUGUUCUGCCCAGGGAAACCCCAAACCUGUGAUCAGCUGGCUGAGGGAGGGAGAGGAGCUGGCCACCAAUGCUAAAUACUCGGCACACGACGGAAGCCUGACCAUCCUCGGCAUCACCCGCGACGACAGGGGGGCGUACACAUGCAGAGCCUACAGCGACCAAGGGGAGGUGCUGCACACCACCCGUCUGCUGGUGCAAGGGCCUCCGUUCAUUGUCUCCCCACCAGAAAACAUCACCGUCAACAUAUCCCAGAAUGCACUCUUCACCUGCCAAGCCGAGGCGUAUCCUGGAAACCUGACCUACACCUGGUUCUGGGAGGAGGAGAACGUCUACUUCAAGAAUGACCUGAAAGUGCGUGUGCGCAUCCUAAUUGACGGCACCCUCAUCAUCUUCCGAGUCAAGCCGGAGGACGCCGGAAAAUACACAUGCAGCCCGAGCAACAGCCUCGGCAUCUCGCCAUCGGCGUCGGCCUCCCUGACCGUUCAGUACCCGGCCCGGGUGAUCAACAUGCCCCCGGUCAUCUACGUCCCCCGCAAACUGCCAGGCACCAUCCGCUGCCCGGCCGACGCCAACCCACCCGUGACGUCGGUGAAGUGGGAGAAAGACGGCUACCCUCUGAGAGUGGAGAAGUACCCCGGUUGGAGCCUGACGCAGGACGGGAGUAUUCGAGUAGCCGAGGCCACAGAAGACUCCCUGGGCACCUACACCUGUGUGCCUUACAACGCCCUGGGUACCAUGGGCAUGUCCCCCCCUGCCACUCUGGUGCUAAAGGAUCCCCCUUACUUUAAUGUGAGGCCUGGGGGGGAGUACCGACAGGAGGCUGGCAGAGAGUUAGUAAUCCCGUGUGCUGCUUCUGGAGACCCCGAUAUUCCUAGCAUCACUUGGAGAAAGGUCGGGAAGCCGAGCCGGAGCAAGCACAACAUUCUCCCCAGCGGCAGCUUACAGUUCAUGUCGCUCAGCAAGGAGGACCAUGGAGAGUGGGAGUGCGUUGCUACCAACGUGGUCACAAGCAUCACUGCCAGCACCAGGAUCCUGGUCAUAGGCACCAGCCCACACGCUCCCGGCAACAUCCAUGUUGUGCCCUCGACCACCUCCGCUAAUGUGUCCUGGGAAGCGGGCUACGACGGCGGCUUCGAGCAGACAUUUUCUGUGUGGUAUGGUCCAGUGUCAAAGAGAGUGGACUUCGGUCCUCACGACUGGCAUUCGAUGCCGGUUUCUGGUGCUCAGACGUGGUUGUUGGUGCCAGGGCUGGAGCCUGGGACAGAGUACCAGUUCAGUGUGCUGGCACAGAACAAGCUGGGCACAGGCCCAUUCAGCGAAGUUGUGACAGUCAACACUGCAGGCUCUCCCCUGGGUACCCCAGAACCACUGGUGCUUCUUACCCCACCACGGUGCCUCACUGCCAACCGCACGCAGCACGGUGUCCUCCUCACCUGGCUCCCCCCGGGCAACCACUCCUCGCCCAUAAGCCGCUACAUCAUGGAGUUCCGCCUCGGGGAACGAUGGGAGACCCUGGACGACCUGAUCCCGUCCACCGAGACCGAAUUUGUCGCCAGGGAACUGGUUCAGGAGUCCUGGUACGAGUUUCGAGUGAUGGCAGUCAUGGAAGACCUGAUCAGCGAGAGCAGCAAUGUAGUGGGAGUGUCCAGCACGGAUCCCUUCCCCCCCGCAGAGGUGGCUGACGAGGGGCUGGCUCGGCCUGUGGUGGCGGGCGUGGUGGCAACUAUCUGUUUCCUGGCGGCAGCCGUGCUCUUCAGCACUCUGGCGGCUUGCUUCGUCAACAAGCAGCACCGGCGUAAGCUCAAGCGCAAACCUGAUCCUCCCUUGUCUGUGACACACUUCAGGAAGAGCGUGGAAUCACCGCCUCCUCUCACCCCCUUGCCAGGGGUAGAGCCCUGCUGGGACGAGCCUGCCAGGAGCACUUUCUUGCCCCCGCCCGCCAGCCCCCUGUUGUCAUCAGGGAAGAUAAGCCCGGAGAGCUCCCCGCUAUCUCGGCCACGCUCCAUUUCUUCCGAGGACUCCCAUGGUCCCGGGUUGUACGUCAGGAAGCUACCCAGCCCCCAGCGGGACAAGGACAAGGAGCUCUCCUUCUACAAGAAAACCAAGCGUGCCAUAGCCAGCAAGAAGUACAGCGUGUCCAAGCAUGAAGCGGAAGUCACCACGCCCAUCGAGCUGAUAUGCCGCGGGCCCGACGGCCGCUUCGUCAUGGAAACCAGUCCGCUGCAUCGCCGCAUCCAGGGCUUCCCUUUCGCUGAGGAGUCCGACCUGUACCCCGAGUUCCGACAGUCCGACGAGGAAAAUGAUUUCGACCCCGGGCCUCUGCCGCCCAUCAUGCCCACACUGCGACCCCAGCUCUCACCGACGUCCUCCAGCCUGGAGUCCACACAGCCCCCCACCUACAGCCCCCACCUGCACAGGGCCAUGGAAGGUAUGAGCUUUGCAGAGGGCAGUGCACUUCACGCCUCAGGGCAGGCACCAUCCGCCCGCUACAGGGGCUUCCCCCAAGGCCCCUUCUAUGGGUAUCUAGGCAGCCGCGUUGAAUCAGGGAUUCCACCACCAUUCUACAUGCCUGACAUCAGCCCGCAUAGCUCCGCUCUGUCCUCCCCCCCUGGCACCUCUGAGGGGCCCUUUGGCUACCCCUCCAUCCCCGAGGAGAGCGGAGAGAUGGAGCACCAUCAGUACACUGCCUCCGGCCAUUCUCUGUCUCACACUCACAGCCCUCCCCCUCACUCACCUGAUAGCUGGGAGCCUCAUGCGUUACCCUUCCUGGGUCUGGAGGGUCCGCGCUUCAUGUUCCCACCUCACCAUCCUUUACAUCAUCCUACGGACAUGCCCGACCCACCCUCGUACCCCUCUCACUCGCUCCCGCCCGGUCGCCUCCACCUCCCUCCCCUGACAGAUCCGACAAGCCCGAGACUCCUGCAGCUGGAGGUGCCUGUGGCUCCCCCAGGCAGAGACAGGCCCCCGGUUAGGCGUUUAGCUAUGCAACAGGCCCAAAGUCUCGGCCAGCUCAGACACACGGCCCACGGAGUGGGCGUACCAGUGUUGCCUUACCCUGACCCGACAGUCCGUGCAGGGAGCCCAAGCACAGCCCCCAGUAGUAGUCCCCAGUCCUGGCUCAGCCCGAGGGCGGAGCGCCGAGCAGACCCCGGCCUGCCCCCCUUAGUACUCCAACCGUCCCGCCUGUCCCCGCUCUCCCAAAGCCCCCUUAGCACCCAGCCAGGCUCUCCAGAUAUUCUCGUGCGUCCGCCUCCGCGUCCCGGCAUCCUCCGCACCUCUAGGUCUCUGGAGAUGCCCGAGCUCACCCUGCAGCCCUCGGCCAGCUUCUCCCGGAGGUCCUCCCUGACCACCUCUCCCACUCUGAGUCAGAGCGGCAAGCAGACCAGCCCCGGUUAUCCCUCCGCACACAUGUCCUAUGCCUCCACGGCAGCCAGUUACCCCUCGCAGUCCCCCUCUCCCCCGCCGGAGGGCAGGGAUGUUUUUGGGCAAAGGCCGUCCCAGAGAAGGACAGAGGAGGAGAUGCUACCCUCAGAGCCCUCCCAGCUCCAAAGAUCAGCCUCAGGGGACCCUCUAGGUGGGGCUGGUGAUGCUGCUGUUGGGUCUGAAAGUCUACCAGCACUGCUGCACCACUGUAUCACUAAAGCCAAGGGAGUGGCUACCAACAACAAUAACAACGCGACCUCCGCGAGGAGAACCGGUGUGGCCCCCUCUCAGACCCAGCAGCCAUGUCAGACACCCCACCAGGACGAGGUGCUCAGCAGAAUGAGGAAAAGGCAGACCAAGAACAACCCCUAUCUCUAUUUGACCUCCUUGCUGCAUCGCAGGCGCUCCGAGGACGACCAGACAGGCAUCCUCACCGGCGCUGACUUGGAGGGCCCCAAUUACGGGACCCUCCGCUGACCCAAGGGGUCAAGCCAUUGAACUCGACUUAAGGCCACCUCAGCCUGUCGUGCUCUACCCCUACCACACCCUGAUCUUAGUAUCCAGCUGAUAGCUUUCCUAUCAUCUCUAGAGCUGAUGGGGGUUUAAUGGAGGCAUCGACGUAAGUACAUGAACAAUCAGUUUGGCUUCCCUCCAUCUCACUUGAAAAGAUAUAUAAUGUAUAUAAAUAGUUAAAACAAGGGAGUGAAGUUCUGUUCUACAGUAAUAAAGACAUUUUUUCACUCACGCGGGAGGGGGCGGGCAGGGGUCCAUAUGUUUUUCCAGUGAUACAGUGUACUGUUAUGCCAGGUGUGUCCACUCACCGACUUUUCCUACAAUACAAAUAGUGUCAGUAUAUAAACACAGGGUUCUUACCACCAAAUAUACCUCAGAGUAAACGCAGAGUUUCUGUAAUUCUUGUGGUAUACUGUACGUACUUGACCUUUUUACAUAUGGAGAAAAAAAGACUAAGGUUUGGAUCAUGCGAUGAGCUCGGUUUUUUUUUUUCUGACACGUUAGCUAACGUUUGGUUAUCGUUAUUAGCUUGUGUUCAUUUAGCGGUACUAUCCACUGAGACUGUGUCUUAAUGUGUUGAUGUUAAGAUGUCGGACUCGCCUGGCGGUGGGUGGUUCUUAGACGAACAGGGUGUUCAAUCGUAAAAUGUUGCGUAGGGUGAAGUUCACUUGUGAUGCGUGGCACAUCUGGAGGUGCCUUUUUUUGCCUUUGCGCUUGUCUUUUUUCUAGCUUAAACUUGCCUUUUCCGUCGCCUUCCCACAUUAUUGUCAUUGGAGAGGGUGCUAAAACUACUGUUCUUCUGUUUUGCCAGAGAAGCAUGACUCCUGUUUUGUUUGUUGGCUUUUUAUAGUUUCAGCUUCCGAGUCGAUAUGAAACGCACAGGCCUGUCAAAAGGGAAAAAAAGGCAAAUAAAUAAACCAAUAAAUAAAAGUUCAUGCAGAGGGAAUAAAGGUGCUGCAUGUUAAAUAGGAACUUAGCAAGCAUAGGAUGCCUCAUAAAGCUGGAAAGUGCUAAAAGCAAUGAAUACGAUACAGCGGACCCUCAGGAGUCGAACGCAGUUGAAACUUCAGUUUAUUAUUAUUAUUUUCCCCGUAAGAAAUGAUUGAAGUGACAGUGGACAACUCCAACCUCCACAUCAAUCUUUUCACUACCUUAAUUCCCACAAAUAGUGGCACUUUUUCUAAUAGAAGCCAUGCCUCAAAUACUCACUUGAAUAAAAAAGUCAUCAACUUGAAUAAAAAAACACCACAACCCAAAUAUGCUACCAGGAAAUAAAAGUGUAAUAACCGUAAUUAUCUUAAUGCAUGGACGCUAUUGUUCACGCACAGACAAGCUUUGUCAUUUGCGAGCCAAAACAGCAGCACCUACCGAGCCACUCUGACAGAAGCCGUGCCUCAAAUUCUCACCGGCUGCGUCGUAAACUUGAACAAAUAAACGGCUUAUUGCAAAUAUCCCCCAAAUAACAAGUCUUAACUGUAAUUAUCUGAGCUCAUAGACGUGACGUUAUUAUUCACACACAUUCAAGACUUCACUAGAUCUUAGUGACGUAGGGAUGGCGUCUUAAAUGACGAGCAGCAUUCCAGUGGACGCUGAACUGUGGUCACUCCACAAGCUUGUGUGCAUCCAUGUUUAUCAGAAUCAUCUUUAUUUGCCAAGUAUGUCCAAAACACACAAGGAAUUUGUCUCCGGUAGUUGGAGCCGCUCUAGUACAACAGACAGUCAAUUUACAGAACACUGUGCCCCUGUAAAUACAGUUGUAAUAAUAGAAGCGAGCUGGAUGGUGGUUCGCUAGCAGCUAAUGUUAGCAGUGAACUCCAUUGCCUGAAGUUCACUGUCUCUUCAGCCUCACAAUCUUCAUUAUGCUCACUCAAUUUUGGCUAAGAUGGUGAUCUAUGAUAUGACAAUGACAAUGAAGUUUUUAUGCAACUUAAUGUCAACUUUAUGUUUUCCCCAAAAUUGAAUUACAAAUUGAACAACCAUUGCAUUCAGAUUUUGAAGCAUCGCUUAAAUCCUUUCUCGGGGUUGAACUGUUCACUAUCAUAAAUUGUCUAAUAUUUUAAGUCACAUUUAAGUUAAAUGAAUCAUUAUUACCUGUGUAAUGGUACGACAAAAAUUUCAGUCUCGUACCUUGGUUUUUAGGUCACGGUUCGUUUCACAUUGGGUACAGAAAGGGAACAAAAUGUAAAAUUAUGCAAAUAUUUUGCAUAAAUAGGAACAAAUCCAAUCAAGGAAAAACAAACUGCUAGCAGUAAAUUCUUAGAGAGAAAAAUAUUUUAAAAAUCUAUACAAUACAAUAAGAGUAAAUAUUGGAAAAUGUAUAGGAGCUAAAUAUUUUCUUUUUAGGAAAGUGCAACAUCAAUUUUGUCUUCUUUUUUAGGAAAUUAAUAAUGCACACAAGUGUGACAGUAACAGUGACAAUCUGGCUUGAUCUGUUUAAAUGCCUCUAGGAUUUACAUUUAUACCGUGAUUCCCCCCCCCCCCCAUCCCCCCCAUGCUGCAUUGAUAUUCACUUUGAUGUGAUGCAAUUAUAAAUGAUUGAACAAUUUUUUUGUAUUGCAUAUCAUUAGCCACGACGGCCGCUAUCCAGUGGCUAAGUCGCACUGUAUUUGUUCAAAAGUAGAAAGUUACACUUCUUUUCCCUUACCUAAUAUGAUCCAUGUGGGAACUUGGUACAACGAUACCAAAAAGGCAGAAUACGAAUACAUGUAUCGUUACCAGUAUAUUUGCUGAGUACCGCCUUUGGUGCUUUUUUUCAUUCUUAGUUCUAUUAUGACUAUUGACAUUUGUCUCUUUGGUUUACGGAUAGCCACAAAAAGGCCAAAGAAAAUGUAAAAAAAAAAAAAAAAAAAAAUCAACGAAUUUGACAUUCGUCUGAAUCCCGAGGGUCCACUGUACUGAACCACAACCAACACAGCGACUGUUUAACAAGUGUAUAUUACUUUCUAGCUUCUGUAUGUUUGUUGAUUUCUGACACUAGCCGAUAAUGAAUGUAUGUUUUCCGCUGUACAGGAAAUGAAUGUCCCAAUGUCGCAGUGCAUUGAAUGAUUGCUGACGUUUUUUUUAGGUGCGACCUGCACCUAGGCCAAAUUGUUCAGUACUGUUAGGCCAGGCCCCUUUACAAGAUCUGUUUUGUUUUAAAAGCUUAUUCAAUCAUGCAAAUAUGACAAGGAAUUUGAUACAGAUUAGAAGUCAAAAGUUGAUGGCUGCCUGAAAGUGAGUGUCCACACAAAUCGGUACAAGAGACAGUGAUUUAAGAAGAACAAAAAAAAAGAUCUAUAUUUGUUAUGUACUGUACAUGUAUCGUAUUUGUAGAGAGAAACCGCGUUUUACGGAAAUAACUUCUUGUAAUGAGGAUGUACAAAAAUGACGGGAGACGUAGAGAGAAAUUAGAUUAUAUAUCUAUAUAUUACACAAAAGUAUUUGCUUAUAGUACGGCUUUAAGUGGAAACAUUUUAAGGUGCCUCGUUUGUCAUGCUUUUAGCGCACAUGGUUUUACCCCCAGAGGAGUGAACCUAAUAAUGUUAGCAGCGUAUGAUGUAUCGCUUCUGCUUGUAUAUUUUAUCCUGUGAAAAUUUUAAGCUUUAGACGCAGACUUCUAUAGCCUCUUUCAUGCAGACACCCUGCAAAAUUCCUGCAUCAGAGGCGUGACAGUAGGGCUAGUUAAUAUGGCCUUAAAAUAACAUCUCCCCCCCAAAUUGCCCAAAAACCUGAUUUCCGAUUUUAAUGCUUAAUGGUUUUUUUCCCUUGCUUCAUUUCUCCUGAUACGAAACAAGCUUUUGAACGUUUUUUUCCCCCCAGCAAUUAUUUUUUUCCCCCCAGCAAUUAUUUUUUUCCCCAGCAUUAACUUGCAUCAACUUCCACAGAAAUAAUACAAACCUCAAUUCCCAUGAAGUUGGGACAUUGUGUAAAGCGUAAAUAAAAACAGAAUACAAUGUUUUCCAAAUCGCUUUCAACCUAUAUUCAAAGACAAGAUGUUUAAUGUUCAAACUGAUUAACGUUGUUGUUUUUUGCAAAUAUUCUCUCAUUUUGAAUUUGAUCCCUGCAACACAUUCUCAAAAAGCUAGAACAGGGACAUCAAAAGACUGGGCUCAAAAACACCUGUUAGGAUCAUUCCACAGGUUAAUUGGAAACAGGUGAGUGUCAUGAUUGGGUAUAGAAGGAGCAUCCCUGAAAGGCUCAGUUGUUAACAAUCAAGAAUAGGGAGAGGUUCACCACUCUGCGUGAGCAAAUAGUCCAACAGUUUAAGAAUGUUUCUCAACGUACAAUUGCAAGCACUUUACGAAUUUCAUCAUCUCUGUUCCAUGAUAUCGUCAAAAGAUUCAGAGAACCUAGAGAAAACUCUGCACGUAACUGGGAAGGCCAAAAACUAACAUUGAAUGCCCGUGACCUUUGAUCCCUCAGCAUCAUUACCACAGUUUGUCGCUACAUCAACAAAUGCAAGUUAAAACUCUACCAUGCAAAGUGAAACCCAUAAAUUAAUAACACACAGAAACACGGCCGGCUUCUCUGGACCCGUGCUCAUCUGAGAUGGACUGACGCAAAGUGGAAAAGUGUGCUGUGGUCUGAGGAAUCUACAUUUCAAAUUGUUUUUGGAAAUCAUGGAGGUCGAGUCCUACGUGCCAAACAGGAAAAGGACCAUCCGGAUUGUUUUCAGCGCAAAGUUCAAAAGCCAGCAUCUGUGAUGGAAUGGGGUUGUGUUAGUGCCCAUGGCAUGGGUAACUUGCGCAUCUCUUAAGGCACCAUUAUUCCUGAAAGUUACAUACUGUACAGGUUUUGGAUCAACAAAUGCUGCCAUCCAAGCAACGCCUUCUUCAGUGACGUCCCUACUUAUAUCCCUGCAAGAUAAUGCCAAGCCACAUUCUGGAUGUGUUACAACAGCAUGGCAUGGUAGUAAAAGAGUGAGAGUACUUGACUGGCCUGCCAGCAGUCCCGGCCUCUCUCCCAUUGAAAAUAUGUGGCGCGUUAAGUGCAAAUAUGACAAUGGAGACCCCGGACUAUUGAGCAACUGAAAUUUACAUCAAUCAAGAAUGAGAAAGAAUUCCAUCAAAAAAGCUUCAACAAUUAGUGUCCUCAGUUCCCAAACGCUUAUCGUGUUGUUAAAAGAAAUGGUGAUGUAACACAGUGGUAAACAUGCCCCUCUCCCAGCUUUUUGGAACAUGUUGCAGGCAUCAAAUUAAAAAUUUGUGAAUAUUUGCAUGCCCUGCGAUUGGCUGGCGGCCAGUUCAGGGUGUACCCCUGCCUCUCGCCGAAGAUAGCUGGGAUAGGCUCCAGCACGCCCCCGACCCUUUUGAGGAUAAGCGGUACAGAAAAUGGAUGGAUGGAUGAAUAUUUGCACCAAAAAAAAGUUUAUCAGUUUGAACAUUAAAUAUGUUGUCUUUGUAGUGUAUUCAGUUGACUAUAGGUUGAAAACUAUUUACAAAUUAUUGCAUUCUGUUUUACUGUACCUUUUUUUUUUUCUUUACCUUUUACACAACGUCCAGACUUCAUUGGAAUUGGGGUUUGUAGAAAUAUUUUUUUCUUUACAGAUACUGUAAUAACAAAAUAAGUGCUUCCUCUCAAAAUAUGCAUGUAAACGUUACUUAAUAAAUUCUGAUUUUUAAUUUUCGACAAUUUAAUGGCAUAAAAUAAGCCAUCAAACUGCAUGACUUGGCUGGUGCUUAUGUAAGAGUACUGCUCUCUCGUGGUCUUUUCUCAAGUAGAAAUGUGCAUGUGAGGCAAGGUGACCGUGGCAAAACAUUUGUGACAAAAGCUGAAAGUGUCAAUUGUUUCUAAGAUGUCGAUAGAUCACUGCUUUUGCAACGUAUAAAUGGGCUUGGGUAAAAUAUCAAUGCGAGUGACAACAUGAUUUCCUUCCACCGGAUCUCUUGUCAUACACAAAACAAUGUCAAAAAGAUUCCGCUCAUGGUGUCUGUUUCUUAGCAGUAUUUCCGGUAUUUCCCCCAACCUUUAUUGAGCUAUGGCACAUAUUUUUCAUUAGAAAAAUCUCACAGCACACGGCCAAACAAAAAUGUCACAAGUACAGCAUAUACUGUUACUGAAGUAAUGAUGAUGCCGCCUCAGUUUACUCACAAAUAUACUCAGUGUUAAAUUUGGGACUGAAGCUAUUGUUCUGUUGUAGAAAAAGGCUACUGGGGGAUACACACGUUACCGUUAUUUCUCAUGUAUAAUACGCAUUUUUUUCAUUAAAAAAAAAGUAUCUUCUAAAGUCGAUAGAGGGAAAAGGAAAAUGGAAAAAAAUAACAUUGUAUAAACGUAUAUCAGUACCUAGGGGUUGUGAAAAAGGUGUACUUUCAUUCCAGUAUGAUAUAUAAUAUCUAAUGUUACAAACAUGUAAUAUGGUAAAUUUUCAUUGCUUACCCAAGAAUCAUGACGUUUUUGUUGGCGCCGUUGUUUUGCCACAGCGUCUGUCCGUUGAUGGCAUGGGAUUUUACCAUCUCUACUAGACAGCAGAUUUAUUUCUUGUACCGCCACUUCACGGAGCACAUCUCCCAAGUUAAAAAAUGUCAAGGAAACGGAUGAGUUGCUCUGUUGCUUUUAAGAAGAAAGUGAUCACUUUUGCUGUCAGGAGGGAACCUUGAUGUAGCUCAGUAGUUCUAUAUAAAGUUAAUGAAAAAUUAUGGAGGAAAUGCAAAGAAAAGCUCCUACCCGGUAAAACUGUACUCUUUUCAACAGUAUUAUUCAAAUUUUGUACUUACCGCAUCAGUGAGCAUUGAUUUGAGUCGAUCACUGUCUUCGUUUUUUGCUAAUGUGAGAAUUCGAGUGGAAAUGCAUGGUGAGGAAGUGACAUAAACGUCAGCGCAUGCACACAGAGCAGAACAUUUCUUUGAAAAACCUAAUCAAAUAUGGAUAAUAUUGGAUGUUUUGAGCAUGUAUACCAGCAAAUCCAUUCGACGUAUUUUACUUGGGGGUGCGUAUUAUACUCGACAGCGUCUUAUACACGAGAAAUUAUGGUAAUUGUACCGUCUGCUAUCUAGUGGAAGUACAUUUAAUUGUUCUGCCUGUCACUGUACGUCGCUGGCAUAGAUAGAUGAACAAAGAUUUUAUUUUAAUCGUCCUGAUAAAUAAAUACAUUCAAAUUCACCCAGCUCUACGUGACAGUAGAUCAGGAUAUUGUUUGUGUAAAAAAAAAAAAAAAAAAAAAACUUGUCAGACAACGCCAUAGCUUCCGACACAACAAGGCGAGAGAACAAAGUGCUCCUGGAAAACCCUUACACGCAGAUGGGGUGCCACCUGUGUUACGGCUCCGAUACUACCUCCGAAGCCGAGAAAUCACCAGGUCGUCUCCAUUUAUAGAUACAGCAUUAAAAAGGGACUUCUAAGACCCGACCAGCCAUUUAAAGCUACCAAACAAAUGUUAGCUCCCGGGCUGAAGCGUUGUGCAUUACGUAGCAUUUACGAGCGUGUUAGCGGCUUCUCAGCAUUAUGACUUGGUGCUACGUUCAAAACUGUGGUGCUGUAGAGUAGAAAAUACAACCUCUUUAUUGAUUUUUUUAUUUUUAUUUUUUUAUUUUUAUUUUAUUUUAUUUAUUUUUUUGGGUGGUGGGGCAGGGGAUAGCCCAGCUAAAACUAGGGCCGUCUCUCUUAUCAUGACCCUGUUGACUACAAUGGUGGUGAUAGACCAUACUGGAAAAAAUAGUUGUGUACUCUAAGGUAAGCUUGGAAAAUAACAAUUAGUUUUGUGACCUUCAAAUGACCAUGUGAUUACCUGCUUCUAUAGCAUGUGUGUGGGUGUGUGUGUGUGUCUGUCUGUCUGUGCUUCCAAGGUACCCUCUCAAAACAAGUACUGCUGAUAUUCAGAGUGUGAACUCCGCCUAAAUGAGUGGAAUCACCCGUAGGUCCACCAUCUCGAUUUUGCAGCUCUGUUUUUUUGUCUCAAGCACACCUCUGCAGGGGCGUCUCUCACCACACCUCCACCACCACAUGGAACGUUUUCACACUGACGUCACACCACUUCCUCACUUUCGCAACUGCAGCUUUUGCCAAGCUUUCUUCUUCGGCGAAUCAUUAUGUGCGUCAGAAAGAAAGAGUUCUUGGUUCACAAUUAUCUGUCAUUGUUUUAAUUGAAAUUGUAUGUAUCAAAACUACUAGUGGUAUCUGUACUCGGUAUCGGUGAGUACUCAAGAGUGAAUAAUAAAAAAAAAAAAAGUGGUAUUGAACAUCCCUAAAAAUAGCAAUUACAAUAGACUAGCAUUAUGUACCGCCGUUUUGGGACCAAAAUUAUAAUGGGAAACAGUUUUGCAAGACUGUGGUAAGCCUUUCCAAACUUUUUAAGCCACGCAUCCUCUUCGCCACCCCAACAGAGGUGAUGCGUCCCCUCUCCUUGGUCAUACGUUUCCUUUCAUCAUCAGCCUGAAGUAAAGGUAACUCCAGGAGUUACAGUGGUGUGACGUCAUGGUGCAAAAGGUCGAGUAUUCCUUGGAGUGCUGGACAGUUUAGCCACAUUUUUCCUUGGAAAGCUCACACAUCCCCUACUUUUAGGAACGGGUGUUGUCUUCCGUGAUAAUUUUUUUCCCCCUUGUUUUCUCAAAAAACAAAAAAAAACAAAAAAACAAAAACGUACAGUGUUAAAGAGGGCUGCUUUGGACGUACUGUUAGCUCCGUUUUUUUGUUUUUGGUCACAGCAUUUCUGCUUCACGAGCUCCUGUCGGGGUGAUACUUUAACAAUUCUUUUUAUUGUAUUAAUCUUGCAUGUAGAGUCAAUACAAACAUUUAACAGUCAUUCACAGACAUCUGAGCUGGUUGUUAAUGGACAGAAACCUAGAGUAAUAUGUAAUAUUUUCUAUAUUCUCUGUUUUUUCAUGUGUACCUGCACUGAGGAACUAGAAUGUAUUAUUAUUAUUAUUAUUAUUAUUAUUAUUAUUAUUGUAGGCUACAAUACAAAAAGCACUACAUUGUUAACUGUUUUAGCGUAAAUUGCUCAUAAUCAAGCAAGCAAGCCACGUAGUGCUUCAAAGGAAACAAAGUGUAUUUUUUCCAUUCUCCAUCCAUCCAUCCACUCGACUCUGUGCUGUACAUCACAUGUUUACAUUCUGUGUUUGGGUGCAAAAUUCACAUUUGUAAAUAUCUCAGUGCAACAAACUAGUUCAUUUACUCUUUUGUUAUUCCGUCCUGUCAUCAGGUUUAACAUGGACACAUUGUGAGCAAUUAACUCAUACUGUAUGGUGCUGUACCAAAGCCUUAUGUAUGAUGUUUGUAUUACUUUUCUCACCGCUGUCAAGUGGCAUCUGUAAAGUAAUUUUCUUUUGUGUGUGUGUGUGGGUGUGUGUGAAGGAAACAGACACAAGCUACAAUGUAAAAAAAAUAAAAUCACACUGGCCAGGUUUAAACACUGGCCUUUUUAAGGGGAGAAAAAGCGCCACAGGCGGUGGUUACGGCGGCUUGAGCGCAUCAUCUCAGCUCUUCCUCGCCACAUGCAGUGCGCCUGCGAGAAUAUGAACGCAUUCAUGUCACCAUAUCACGUCCAACGCUUAGUCCCAUAAGGAAUUUUUCUUGCAAAUUUUUGUAUUUUGAUAUAAUAAAAAAGACAAAAGAGGUC